AUGGCUAAACAGAAGAAGCGAAAAGUUGCUGCUAGGCCUCAGCCGCAGCGUCACUCACAGCGUCAACGAACCGUGAACUCGCGUCUUGGCACGCCGCCGAAGUUUUUACAGGAUAUGAUGAAGAAUCACCCCACAAGCCAGUCCAAGAAACGAUCCCUUGUUGCCGGCGCUGAUGAUGACAUCGGUACACAUUCUGCUCAUUUCACUCGCAGUUGCUCAGUUUUAGGAUAUCAGUAG